AUGACAUGCCUCAUGCCACAGACCCAUGCCAUCUCCGUGGACAACAUAACUGGAAGGACGCAGCAGGAUCUGGUCCCCACUCCCAAUUCUAAUCCGGUGUACUAUGCGGGCGUGUUCCUCACCCCCACCAGCCAGCGCAUCCUGGGGGAGGCCUGCCCCCCCACCCUCGCCGUGCGCUCCGGUGACCAUGUGACCCUCGCCUUCCGCCCUGAUCACGGCACCUGUCAAGCCCUGCCGCUUGGCCAGAGCGUGCUGCUGAGGGUGCUGGGCUGUGUGACUAGCAAUGAGUCGCAGGUGGUGGCCGUGUCAAGGCCCUCUGGCAUCCCCUACUUGAAUCCCAGCCCGCCGCACAUCACCAUCUCCUGCGCCGAAGGCGUCGCGGCGGCCCGGUCGGGAGAAGUGCUGCGUGCCGCGCUGGGCGCUCGAGCCCUUCAGCCGCUCGCCGGCACCAGCUUCCUCCACGGACUUGUCGGGGUGAGGCUGACAGAUGGCAGGACCAUCACAGCCCCAGCGGAGCUGGAAAGCGUGCUCAGGGGUCGUGCCGCUCGGCCCCUGGUGCCUGCGUCCGUGGUGCUCCCCUCCCGCCAUGUGUUCCGAGUCCUGGAUCGCACCGCCAAGGACCGGGGUGCACCUGCGGAGGAGCAGGACCCCGAAGCCCGCGACCAGGCCGCCCCGAGCGCUGAGGGGGGUGACCCGGCUGCGCACUGUUCCGCCCAGCCGGGGGUGGGCGGCCAUGCCGAGCUGGCGGCCGCAGAGCGGGCCGUAAUGGCCGCCCACGUGCAGGCGCGGGCGGCCUACAGGGAGGCAGCGGCCAGCUGUGCCGAGGGAGAGGAAGAGCAUGCUGCCUGGCUGCAGAAGGCGGCGCAAUCGCAUGCCGCUCUGGCGCGAGCCGCCCGGCAACGAGCCAAUGCCCUGGCAUACAUCGGCAGGUGGGUGGGGAGGGCCGUGAACCGAUUGCCAGUGCUGCCCUUUCUGCACUGCAACCAGUGUGUGGAGUGCUGGCAGCCCCUGGAGCUGCUUGCAAUCCUCAUCCUGUCUGUCAUCUUGUAA